ACCUCUGCAGCAGCUGUACUUUCAAAUCUCGUGAAAGAGAUACGGAAUGAAACAGUUUGGAGUGAUCAAUCCGUUUGUGGUACAGUACAACUUGCAUGUGCCGUGGCCCUUCGAGCUCUUGCGGUGAGCCCGGCGGAUCAUUUAAACAUAACAAAUGUGGAAGUAAACGUGGAUAAAGUGGUUGAUCGAGCGAUCAAAAAUUUGGCAUUGGUGUUCAUUCGCCAUGGUAUUAUCGGAUCUGAUUCAUUCAAAAUGUGUAGCACACAUGUACGUGUGGUGGAUACAUUGCUGAAACAAAUAAUUGCCUUAUUUCCGGCAAAGCUCAUGGAGAUUGAGCGAAACUCUGAGGACGAACUUACGUGGGUAGAUGAGGUAGCCGAAACUGGACAGCAGGCGAGUUUUGCCUCAGCUUCUAGUAGAAAUUUUAUCAAAAUGAUUGUAGGUGACGCCCUCUCUACAUUAUGA